CUUGCCACUCUUUCUUAUCUCUUCCCUCCAAAGGUUACACGCACACACUGACGAAGUGAGAGAGUGAGAAAAAAACAGUCACAGAGAGAUGAUGAGUUCUUCAAUCUCCAUACCCAUUUCACCCACUUCUCACAAACUCUUCGAACCCAAUAACAACCGUCUUCUAUUUGGUCACUCUCUCUUCCCAAAACCCAUUUUCUUUGCUAAGAAAAGAGUUUCAUUCACUGCAACAAGGGCUUUGCUCUCAACUUCUAAAGAAUCAGUUUUAAGGGAUUUCCAUGAAAGAAGAGCUCUCAAGAUUAUUUCCGGCUUGCAGAAUUUUUGUAGAGACAAUGUUGCUUCUGUUGUUACUGCUGCAGAUAAGGGUGGGGCAACUCAUGUGGACAUAGCUUGUGACCCGGAGUUGGUGAAGCUUGCCACUAGCUUGACUUCUCUUCCAGUUUGUGUCUCUUCUGUUGAUCCAGCAGCAUUUCCAGCUGCAGUUGAAGCAGGAGCAUUGAUGGUAGAGAUUGGAAAUUAUGAUUCCUUUUAUGAGAUGGGCAUUCUUUUCUCUCCAGAGCAGAUACUAAAUCUAACAAAGGAGACUAAGAGAAUUCUUCCAUCUGUGACACUAUCAGUCACCGUGCCUCACACACUAAGCCUCCCGGAUCAGGUCAAGCUAGCAGAACGGUUGGAACAGGAAGGGGUUGACAUUAUCCAGACUGAAGGAGGGAAAUGUUCUAAUCCCUCGAAGGCUGGCGUUCUUGGUUUGAUUGAGAAGGCAACCCCAACGCUAGCAUCAGUGUAUUCUAUUUCCCGGGCUGUCAAGGUCCCUGUUAUGUGUUCGUCUGGACUGAGUGCAGUUACAGCUCCAAUGGCCAUCACUGCAGGCGCUGCUGGUGUGGGUGUAGGGUCAGCGAUUAACAAGCUUAAUGAUGUGGUUGCGAUGGUUGCAGAGGUCAGAAGUAUUGCCGAUUCAUUAGGCAUCUCUUCUGGUAGGCAAACAGUUGUUGAGGAGAAGACAUUGAGACAGUAAUUCAUACAAUUUUGUCAGUUCAAGAUGCCAUACAUAUGUAUGACUUGGAAAAACCACUUGGGUUUCUAUGAGAUUAUGUAUAAUAAACCAAACAAUUGAUUACUAUUGCAAUUUCAACUUCCUUUAUUUUUUUUUCUCUUUCUUUCUUUCUUUAUCUUGUUUGUUUUCUGAAAAAGUAUCACACAAUGCCUUCUGAAAACAUAUGGUGUAUAAUUCGUCAUUUUGUAGAGAGAAAGAGAGAGUUCAGGUGGAUGAUAUACAUUGGAGAGAAUGUAGUUUCGUUA